AUGAGUGAUGAGGAACGAAUAGAGGCGACGAUAAAUGAAUCUGAUGUUGGGAGUGACACUAGUGAUGAUUUCGGGAAUUUCUCAGAUGCUUCAGUGGAAAAUGACCUAUAUAAUACCGUAACGAUAUCUUCAGAGGCCGUAAUAGACGGUUGCUUAGACAAAAUCCUGCCAGACGGGAAUUUUUCUAGUUUAGAAAUAGGGACUGUGAAAAGCAACUGUUAUGAGCUUAGUAGAUUGAUUGAAGAUGAACGACCCCAUGUCAUUUAUGAACAGCUAGUACAACUGGAUUUUGUAUUACAGCCAUUCGUAUGGAAUAAAUCCCACAUACGGAAGAACUUGCUGCACAUUCUAAGAUUGUCCGAUAACGAUGGCUCUGAUAAUGCACAUCUUAAGAAGCAGGAAGAGCCACUGAACGAUGAAUUGUUCAAAAGAAUAUGCGAUAUAGUAGAAAAAAAUGAGCAAACAGCCACUGGUCUAUUUCUGAGAGAUAAUUUCAAGAUCGAUUACACCCCACCCAUGACUUUGAAAUCUAUUCAAGUUGAAGAGGAGCAUGAACAAGAACAGCAUAUACCGCAAUUGCUAGCGGCCGAUUAUACGGAUAUGGAUGGAGAAGCAUUACGCCGAUACCAUGAUAGGCUGUGUCAAUCCAUUGACUUUCUGGUAAGUAAAUCGAAAUCGCUGAAAAAGAAGCAGCAAGAUCUUCUUAAUGAUAAGACGACUUUUGAAAAUGUGGUAACGAACUUGACUGGGCACACUCAAAGGCUCCAGAGAGAUGAAAUUGCAUUGUAUAAUAAAAAGCGCAGCAAAAAGAAGAGGUUCAGUUGGGUUGGAUACUGA